AUGGAGAGAGUGACAGGGAUUGUUUUUAGGGUUUUGAUAGAAAGAUACUUUGAUUCGCAGCAGGAGCAGAGCAGGGAGGGGAGCGUUCGAGGGAAGGUAGAAAAACCGUCCUCUAAGGCGUUUAAAAGGAAGGCCGAUACGGUGACAGCCGACUUCCUUCUCGCUGUUGGAUUCCUCACGACCCUUGCUGCAUAUUUUUCCAAACUUGGAGAUCGCCUUAAAGAAGGUAUUGUCACAGAAUUAGAUUUCGGGGAGACCCAUACUGCCAUUGAAGCCAAAGUGGAUACGUUCUCAACAACCCUCGCAUGUGAGAGAACAUCGCCAUUCACGAAGAAUACAAUUGAGUUGAGAUUGCCACAUGAGAACACUAGCAUGUAUCAUCUUCGAUCCUUCCACGAAUAUGCAACUUUAGCCACAUCUGUUCCUUCGAUCAACGAUGCAGCAACUGAAACUGAGUUUUCCACAACUGUUGGUACUCCACACGUUGCAUUUGCAAUGGGAACAAAGUACCAUACUACUUCUAGACAAUUUAGCAUGUAUGACGCAGGCUUUUGCAUCACAAAGCCGAAUUGUGAUGUAUCAAUUACUUUGUAA